AUGAAAGACGAACUCAUCGACGUACGCUUGGUAUGGCCAUACUAUAGUUGCGUAAAAACGGUGAAACUGAGACCAGGAGAGUUUAUUGUGGAGAAGAUCCUUGGAAAACGAAUACGCAGUGGAGAGGUGGAAUAUUUAAUCAAAUGGGAAGGAUACGGAGUUAAUGACUGCACAUGGGAACCUGCUAAACAGUGUUUUUGCGAUAGCUUGAUAGAGGAAUUCGAAAGAUCAGAGAAAAGUGGUUCGCCGCAGCAAAGACGGAAACGCAAGAACGCCGAAAAAGACGAUGAAAGGGCAUCAUCGAAGUUAAGUGCUGGGUUCCAGGAUUCUUCUAACGAUAUUUUUGAUGAUGGGGCUUCCGAUGACACCCCCGUUGUUGGCCCUUCAAAUGUGAAGGAGGAAGAUUGCAUCUCUGGUCCUGUUAAAGGGUCAUAA